UGUGCAGGUGAGUGAGCAGCAGCCUCAUUGCAGCGGCCAUAAAAUAAACAACUCCUGUCACGAGUCAGAUACAAGCGUCGAGCUGCGGAAGGUUUCCAAUCAAUGCAGUUCGUGCUGAGAAUUGCCAUUUGGUGACCAUCUGCAGGUGUGAGAGAUAGAGCAGGGGCAGAUGCAGCGCAUGGAGACCGUACGCAUCGUGCUCCUUAUGCUGACAGUCGUGGGCACCACCCUCGCAGCUGUUGUUGUGGCGGAGGAGGCCAAAAUCGAUGGCCUGCACGAUGCUCCGAGCGAAACGUUCACGGCGGUCGACGACUCCACCAAUCUCUACUCGGCUGCGGGGUUCAUCAGAUGCAAGUCGGAUUGGCACGCCGAGCCCGGCAGCACGCAGGAAGUGAGCGAUGUGCUUCGAGAGCUGCACGAGGCCGGGAGGCCCUUCAAGGUGCGCGCGACGCGACGAGGAAGGCACACGCCCAACCGGUUCGCUUGCCCGGGCGCAAGCGCUAGCGCCAGGCUGCCCGACGGCCAGAACCCCGAAUGGAGCGGCGGCAGCGCAACCCCCGCGUCGGCGCAGUCCGUCACGCUGCUCCUACAUCGGAUGAACAACGUGGUCGCGGUCGACUACGAGGCCCGGCGCCUCACCGUGCAGGCGGGCAUGACGGUGCAGAACCUGGCGGACGCCGCGGUGCGGAACGGGCUGUCGGUGCCCGUGGGCGUGUUCCCGGUCUACGGCAACCUCACUCUGGGCGGCCUGGUCGCGGCGUCGGCUCACGGCACCGGCGCUGGCGUCGCGAGCUCACUGGGCGACAUUCUCACCGGCGUGAAGUGGGUCGACUCGACGGGCGCGAUCAUCCACAGCGACGUCGCGACUGAGACGGGGCUGGAGCAGAUUCGAGCGCUCAUCGGCGGCCUCGGCCUGCUGGGGAUCAUGACCGAGCUCACCCUGCAGCUGCUGCCCGCGGGGUCGCUGGCGCAGGUCGAGACGUGGGUGCGUGACGACGCGAAUUUGGCCGCCGACAUCCGGUCGCAGUUGGCGACCUCGACGCCGCACGUCCUCAUCUUCUGGCGCCCCGACCUGCGCUACUACAAAGCGUACCACUACAAGCCCCUCGAGGCGGGCGACGUCCCGCGACAUCCAUAUUGGCCCGACGGUCGCGGCGGCAUGCUGUCGCCCGCGCCCCCGCAGAGCAAUAUGACGGAUUAUCUCGCUGCGUACACGGCGGAUUUCGACGAGUCCGGGCCCCAAUCUGAUUUCCUCAAUGCGCAGGGCUGCGCUCUGGGCGAUAGUCUGAUGAAUCUCCCCGGGUUCAGAGACGAGACUUCGGUUCUGUACAAUGCCACCAUCCCGAGCUCGCAUGCGACAUUUUCCGAAGAAUGCUCACCGCAUUGCAUCUGGGAAGUGAAGUCUGGCGGGUAUUCUGUAGAAGACAACGAGCUGCACAUCCGGCUCAGUCGCCUGGAGGAAUUCCUCGACGACGUCAGAAGCAUCAUCAAGGCCGAGGAGCAGGAGAAGCAGGAGUACCUCGAUCGGAGGUAUGGGAAAGGGAAGGUUAGCGUCUGCCUGCCUCCGGGAUUUUUCUGGAUUCGGUUUGGAAAAGGGACUCAGAAUUUGUUGGCUACUACGGCCGGAUUUGAAGAGCCCGUGCUGUACUUCAUGACGUCGUUCUUGGUUUCGGGUUUCAGUUCGUAUCUUCCCACGAAGCUGGAUCACAUCGCGGAGGUCAUUGAGCAGGUGGGGCUCUGCAAGUAUGGAGCUCGGCCGCACUACGGUAAGAACUUCGACCGUUUGUUCGCCCAUCCAGAGUGCCAUGUGCGGGACAAUUUUCCUCCCGAAAAUUUCCCCAAGAUGCUGGAGCUGCAGAAGAAGCACGAUCCCAACAAGGUUUUCGAGCCUGAGCUCGUGACUCGCAUGGUGGAGAGACGGGGGCCUGUUUACGGGGACAAAUGUGCACUCCGCCGCGAGUGCUACUGCAAAGAGGAUUCCCAUUGUGCAGACGGCUUCAAGUGCCAACCUUCUGCCUCAUACCCGGAGUUCAAGGCCUGCAAGGUCCAGUAUCCAAAACAGAAGGAAGAGCAUCACUCUGAGCCAAAACAAGAGCUAUAGGCUCCCUAUUAUACCCAAUAUCUCGGUCUCUUCAACGCAAUGAAGUUCGCAAUUAUAGUAGACAAGAACAAAGCCCUCGUGACAGAAGUGCUCUCACAUCGGUUGCUCGAAUGGAACACUUUUGAGAGAGAGACAGAGUGGUCUAAUAUGCUACCACAUCAUCAAAUCUUGCAGAACUUUACAACUUUGAAAAUGGAGGAACCAGAUCACUCACACUGAGCCGUGAUCGACCAAAAAAGGCGAGGAUUUGGUUGUUGAAUGGUCUUGUACCUACAAUCACACCUGAUCACUGUUAGGUUGUUCGUAAUGAACUGUGACAGUGUUAGAGAGGUACCGAGGCCACUUGGUACUUUAGGUUAACUAGCCGCCGCCUAAAUCCUAAGCACGCAACCUCUUGGCGUCCUUUGUGUAUAUGUACUUAAGCAAGUGUUUUUCAAUAUCCAAAAAACCCGAGUGAUGGAUUGACUCAUUUCUACAUGGUAUCAGCGCGAGGUUCAAGGUUAUCAAAGUGUUGUAGUGAGCACUGCUCCUGCAU